AAUCGCCCUUAAUGGAAUCACGAAUCAUGGCACACAGAGUAAUGGGACUCAGAAUAAUGGGAUCCAGAGUAAUGGGGUCACCGCUCAUGGAAUCAACAAUCAUGGGAUCGCAAAUCACGCGGACGCGGGUCCUCGGCUGCGUUCCGGGCACCGAGGAAGGCGGCGACGGCGCGCGGUUGCAGAACGGGAGCGGCGAGCACAAGCCUGGGGUGGUCCUCACCUACAAGGUGCGGAGCCGCUUCCUCUACUGGCUAUUCCUGGCGGGCGCCACGCUGGGCCGCGAGGUCUUCUACAUCACCUUCAUGCCCUUCUGCUUCUGGAACUUCGACCCCUUCGUGGCGCGCAGACUGCUCGGCGUGUGGAUGGUGGUGAUGUACGUGGGCCAGGCCUCCAAGGACGUGCUGCGCUGGCCCCGACCGCCCUCCCCGCCGGUGGUGAAGCUGGAGACGCGCGUGGACGCCGAGUACGGCAUGCCCUCCACGCACGCCAUGGCCGCCACCGCCAUCCCCUUCUGCUUCCUGCUGGCCACCGUCGGUCGCUACCAGUACUCGUACGGAUGGGGGCUGCUCGUGGCCGUUCUGGUGUGCGCGCUCGUGUCGCUGAGCCGGCUCUACACGGGCAUGCACACGGUGCUGGACGUGGUGAGCGGCGUGACGAUCACGGCGGUGAUGAUCGCCGUGUCCUACCCGCUGUGGGACGUGCUGGACGAGCUGGUGCUGUCGUCGCCGCUCUCCCCGGCCUUCGUGCUGCUGGCGCCCUUCCUGCUGUGCCUCUACUACCCCGAGCUGGACCACUGGAGCACGGCGCGCGGCGACACCACCAUCAUCAUGGGCGCCGGCGCCGGCGGCCUCCUCGCCGGCUGGCUCACGCGGCGCCUGGGUUACGACGUGGAGCCGCACGGCCCGGUGGCGGCGCCGUUGGCGCUGCCCGACAUCACGCCGCACGGCGUGGUGCGGGCACUCGCCAGGUUCGGCAUCGGCAUCGCCGUGGUGGUCGUCACGAGACAGGUUGUGAAGUCGGUGUGUCUCCGCGCCGUGUGCCGCGCGUGCCGCGUGUCCCCGCUGGAUGGCGAGUCGCGCCGCCGCCUGCAGGUGGAGGUCCCCUACAAGUUUGUGACGUACGCCACCAUCGGAGUCACCGCCGUGGGCGGCGUGCCCAUCCUGCUGCAGAGCCUGGGGCUCGGGUAGACACGGGGCGGGCACCCUCACCACCCUCACCAGCCUCACCACCCUCACCAGCCUCGCCAGCCUCACCAGCCUCGCCACCCUCACCACCCUCACCAUCCUCGCCACCCUCACCACCCUCACCAGCCUCGCCACCCUCACCAGCCUCGCCACCCUCACCAGCCUCGCCACCCUCACCAGCCUCGCCACCCUCACCAGCCUCGCCACCCUCGCCACCCUCACCAGCCUCGCCACCCUCACCAUCCUCACCACCCUCACCAGCCUCGCCACCCUCACCAGCCUCGCCACCCUCACCAGCCUCGCCACCCUCACCAGCCUCGCCACCCUCACCAGCCUCGCCACCCUCACCAGCCUCGCCACCCUCGCCACCCUCGCCACCCUCGCCAUCCUCGCCACCCUCACCAUCCUCGCCACCCUCACCAGCCUCGCCACCCUCACCAGCCUCGCCACCCUCACCAGCCUCGCCACCCUCACCAGCCUCACCACCCUCGCCACCCUCACCACCCUCACCAGCCUCGCCACCCUCACCAGCCUCGCCACCCUCACCAGCCUCACCAGCCUCACCAUCCUCACCACCCUUACCAUCCUCACCACCCUCACUAUCCUCAUCACCCUCACCACCCUCACCACCCUCACCAGCCUCAACACCCUCACCACCCCCACCAUCCCGAGUAUCCUCACCACGAUCACUCGCCAUGUUCCCGAAGACCCUCAUCCUCGCCACGACCCUCACCCUCACCAUCCAGCCCUCCCCCUCAUUAGACGCCUCACCCUCACUGCUCACAUCUUAUCCUCGCGCUCACCCUCAUCCUCGCCCUCACCACAAACCCUCACCACAAACCCUCACCCUCACCACCCUCACCCUCACCACCCCCACCACCCUCACCCUCACCACCCUCACCCUCACCACCCUCACCACCCUCACCACUGGGCAAGACGGAAGGGCAGCGAGGGUCUCUGCUCGGACGUCACCGAGGGGCCGAGCGGACGGCGUCGGUGUGACGCGCCGAGUGGGUACCCCAUCCUGGACACCGGACACGCUAAGGACACGCUAAGGACACGCUAAGGACAUGCCGUGGAUGUACCCCCGUGAAGGCUGCGUGUGCGGCACGUGGAGGUGGAGUUGGCGGCCGUGCUCUCCGCUCAUGAAGCGUGUCCGCCAUCACCGGCGAUCGCUAGCCGAAUGCUGCACCACUUUUACCAAAUUGAUAUUUUGAUUUUUUGAACAACAAAACUGUCAGUGUACACGUAUGUAUUUGUUGGCAUAUGUUAAUGAGCACUAAUUUAUUGAAUGGCAUUUUUUUCUCUUAUUAAAAUGCAGGGAGUGGA